UUGGCGACGCAAGCGGCCCCUGGGUCAGCCUCGGAGUGGCGGCGCGUGCUGCCUGGCGACUGCUGGUGACGUCACACGGGUGUCGCGAGACCGGCGCGAGGCAUCGCCACACGGCAACGGCAACGGCAUGCGGCUGCUGCUGCCACAAGCUCCGCUGCUGCUGCUCCUGCUGCAACACUCAUGCAGCGCUGCAAGCUGGCGGCUGUCUUGAAGCUGUCGCCAUAAUUUAGUGGAGCAUGGCCAUGACAGUGCCCCCGGCGGAAAUCGCCGGCAUUAUCAGUGGCGCCAUCUGUGUGGUAGUCUUCGCCUCCGUGGUGGCCAUUUUGUGCUGGCGUUUCCCAUCAUGCCGCUCGCGCCAUUUCUGGGACAAGAACAUCAAGAAGGCGCUGAGAAAAGUCUACGGUAAAGCCGACUUCACGCGCAAAUGCAGACGGCGGAAGGAGAAGGAGGAGAGGAAGAGCUUGAUCGUGGGUCCGGCACUGCGCAAGCGCAGUCGAGACGAGGCUCCCUUCGUCGUGCCGCAGAUCUUCGUGGACUACGGGUCGCGCCGCACCUCCUACGCCUCGGCGUCCGACCACGUGAUGCUGGGCGCCCUGGCGCUCGACCUCCGCCGCGCCUCCAGCAGCAGCUGCGGCAGUCGCAGGACGUCGCUGGCCUCCGACUCCGACCGCCGGGGCUCGGCGUCCAGCCUCGGGUCGCGCCGCACUUCCUUCGCCUCCGACACGGACCGCCGCGGUUCGGCUUCCAGCCUGGGCAGCCGCCGGACCUCCAUCUUCUCGGACCCCUCCGACCGCAGGGGGUCCGCCAGCAGCCGCAGCAGUCGCAAGGGGUCGGACGGCAGCAGAAUAGAUGACACGGAUGUCUCCUUUGCAGAUUUCUCCGACUCAGAGACCGUGGAUGUGGAUGACAAUCGGGUACUUGGACCUCGGGUACCCCGACGAACGAGCUAUGACGUCAGUGGGCGAGCGAAGGAGGCUCCACCCCCUUACAGGCGCAGUCACUCUCUUGCAGAACUCCAGGGUGGAGGGGUGGUGUCAGCGGAAGGACGGCCAUCACGAGCCGGAGAGAGGAGGUCGACGCUGUCGACGCUGGUGUUCAGCUCCCUGGCGGCGCUGGAUCAGACGGGCUCCGCUGUCAUGCCGGCCACUUCCAAGUCCAAGAAACAAAAAAAACAAGGUGUGAUCGGGCUGCCCGACACCCCCGUGGCGCUGCACGAAAUCAACCUGGAGGAGCUGAUACCCCGCUACGCUCCGCCUGUCAAACCAACGGGCCGCCUGAAGGUGCAGCUGCAAUUUGCAGACGACAAGUCCAGCCUCAAUGUCAUCAUCAUCGAGGCUCAAGGUCUGAUCAUACCUGGCAUUCCUAAGGAUAUCGAAGUCAAUCCCUACGUGAAGGCGUUUCUGGUGCCAGGACGGACCUUCAAGUACCGCACCAAGACACUGCGCAACACCAGGGACCCUUUGUUCUUGGAGAAGUUUUGCAUCAAGGAUCUUGUGGCAGGGGAGAUCAGCGAGGAAUCUUGCUUGGAGUUUCAAGUUUACUCCUCUCACCACGUUUCCCGCCGCCAUCUGGUUGGUGUGGCGUCUGUGCGCCUGCUGGAUGUGGAUCAUCUGCCUGGAGGCCAGACGGAGCUCAUUGUCAUGCCACAGACUGUGUACAGACUUCACCAAGGGGACCUACAUCUGUCGGGAUGCUAUCAACCAGUAGCAGGCAAGAUUGUCUUCAACAUUCUGGAAGCUCGAAAUUUGCCCCGUGUGUCCUUGUUGGGUGCGAUCAACCCCUACGUCAAGGUAGAGAUGUAUGUCAACGGCAUGCGUGAGGGCAAGGCCAAGUGCAAGGUGCGGCAAAACACGCAGGACCCGGUCUGGCAUCACCAGGUGGUCUUCGACAUCAACCGCGAGAACCCUAAGCUCCUGGGCCACGUCUUCGUGUUCCAUGUGCUGCACAAGGACAUGAUGACUGGAGUGCACAAGAUUGGACAGGUGGACCUGGGCUGGUACAGCCACGGAGAGCAGCUGGAGCAUUGGUAUGAAAUCAUGGAACAUCCCCAUCGGGCGGCCGACUAUUGGCAUCCAAUCAUCAAAACCGGAAAGAUCGCCUCGUGACCUAGCCACCAUUCGUGACCCAGUCCAUAUUCGUGACGCAGUCAAUAUUCGUGACACCGCCUGUACGUACGUGCCACCACCUACCUGCCUCCAGUGAGUGACCAGAGUGAGUGCAUAGUGUGAGUGGACGACUUGAGAGGACCCGCAACAACGGCGAAAUGUGCUUCAACUGUCAGUGGCCACUUCCCAGUCCAACUGAGACACAUUCGGAAUGUGUGUGUGUGUAUCCGUGUGUGUGUGUGUGCGUGCGCGCGCGCGUAUGUUAACUAGCGCCCUUUACCUAUAUAAGCGUGUUGUUGCCAAAACCUCAAAGGUCUUUUUUCCUUGCUGUUAACUGCGAAGUAUCCCGAUGUUUACAAUGUGCGACUCGACUCACAGAAUCAAUCCAGGUGCGAGAGAAACUGAAACCAUGAAGUGUUUGUUCCUUCGGGUACCAAGCUCACCGAGAAAGGACGUCCGUUUGUGUUGUGUUUUGUUUAUGUGCGCUUAUUAUGCCAUUUAACCUUGUUCUCCCAAUCAUAUCUGAACAGCUGAUGUCUUUCUUUUAUAUUAGCUGACUGUUGAAAAAUCUUUGUUAAAACACAAAAGUACAACUAAACUUUUGUACAUAGAUAUCGGCAUAAGAACAGUACAUUCUGGAAUCAUAUAGAAGCUUAGGUGAAAGAUCAUCAUUUGUUCAGUGUCAUAUUCAGAAUUGGAUCUUUGGGGAGAUUUAUGCCCUGACAGUCAUCGUUAAUAAUUAUAAUGUUAGAAACAAAAGUAUUGAAAAUGAAUUGAGUGGGGAAAUAAUUAUGUGCUAUUUAAGGUAUUAAUGUGUUUAAAAUAAGCUUUUUAAAAUUCGUUUAAACUGUCAUUGAUUUAACGACAUUUACACAAAGGAUAUUUUGAAACUAUCGUGUCAUUAAUAAAUUAUUGAUAUUUAAGAAACGAUUUUUAAGUAUCAAAUGGUGUAUAUAACAGACGCACCAACUUUUCAUAUCAAGCAUGGUGUCGUGGUAAUUUAAAGUAGUCAAAUGGUGCAUAUUAUAUAGAGACAGAACAUAUCCAACGGCGUGUAUUAUAAUUAUAGAGACAGAAAGUAUGAAAUGGUGUGUAUGAUACAGACAAACACGGAAAGUAUGAAAUGGAGUGUAUCAUAUGAACACACAGAAAGUAUGAAAUGGUGUGUGAUGUAGACACACACAGAAAAUAUCAAAUGGUGUGUGAUAUACAGACACACACAGAAGGUAUCAAAUGGUGUGUAUUAUACGGACACACACUUUGCAGCCGUCCAGUGUUAACUUCUCAUAUCUUCGCCUCAGUCAGUGCACCGAAUGCUCGCCAGCGUCGGUCAUCACGUGACCGUAUAGCCGGUUCGUGUGUAUAACACCUCCAUACGAACUUCGCACUUUGGUAGGAUUGCAUCUACAUGAUUAACUAGAGAGUAAUGACAGAAUAUUCCACAGACAAAGGUAUAAACAUGAUUUUGUUAUGUAAUCCAAUGGUUUUGGUCACUCUUUAAGCCCCUUGUGGACAAACAUUUGACCGAAUCUGACAAACGUUUUAUUUUGGCAAACUUGUUCAAAUGUUCGUCCACAUUUUUUCGCUUAAGGGGCUUCAGACGCAUUCUCUGUGGACACUGGAUUAAACAACGAUAAAAAGAAGAGGCUUACUAAGAUGUCUAUAGUCACUAGUGCCAUUAUACAGCAGGUGAGCAGCUUGGAGACAGUCCACAAACAUAUCUACAUUGACUAAACUAAUGAGUGUAACCGAAUGUAUUUUAUUCUCAUGGUAGGCACUGCAGACCGCGCCGUACUUUACAUAACAUCACGAUUCUCUGUUUCAUUGAUAUAUUAGCAAUGUCAGUGUGCCAUCUUAAGUAUACUCUACUAGUGAGAACCUAUAAGUCUGAUUUUUUAAGCUAUGUGCAUCUCUUCACAAUUAAGGUUUCGAUGUUAUGACUGUGUGGGUGUGGAUGAGUUUCUGGUCUGUUGUGGUCAGGAAGUUCCGCACGGCUCUUGGAUAUGUUCCUCACACAUAAAGGAAAACACGGCGCUCUGAACACCGUGAACAAUACAUAGACUAUACCCUGAGGCUGUGGUACAGCGCUGUCAUAGUUUAUUCUAGACUAUACCUGAGGCUAUCAUAGCUCAUUCUAAACUAUACCUGAGGCUGUGGCACAGUCUGUCAUUGCUCAUUCUAUACCUGAGGCUGUCGAACAACGCUCAUAGCUCAUCCUAAGCUGAGCUAUGGUACAAUGCUGUCAUAGCUCAUUCUAGACUAUACCUGAGGGUAUGGCACAACACUGUCACAGCCCAUUCCAGACUAAGCCUGAGGCUAGGGUACAACACUGUCGUAGCUUAUUAUUCUACACUAUACCUGAGGCUAGGGUACAGCUCUGCCUUAUCCCAGUCUAUGGUACGAUUUCCUUACACUGAGCGCAGCUCUCGCUCGUGUUGGAAAAACUGAGAUGUUGUUCCUCUUACGUGCAUCAACUAAUGUCCAAUAAUUAAUUGUACACAAUAGUGUACAAAGAGAGAUUUAUUCUUCACACUGCUCAUCCCAGACAAGGGCAGAGAACUCCGAGAACUGCAAUGGCAAUGCAGUGCCCUUACAUCCGGUCAGGAACAGUGAACAGUGAACAGAAGACGAUGUGUACACCAACUGUGACUGUACAGCGCAGUGAUUCUCAAAGUUUGCGCCGCACGCGUGUCAUCAUAUGUGAGUAAAGUAAUGUUUUAAUCGCCAUCUACGCUAAUUAGUCCAGUGUUGAUUUCACACCAUGCCAACAGCUCGUUCGCACACAACGCUGACUGACCCACUAAGUCUUGACGUCACAGCGCGAGCAUUGCGUCAUUCAGCCGCGUCAUCCGUUACCCGUAGUAACGUAGUAAACUUCCUUAUUUGUAAUUGUUUUGUGUACUUUGCGAAGUGUGUAAUUUGAUGUAAACUUAUUAUUAUGCUACUGUAACAGAAGUACAUUUAGUUUUGAAUUCUAAUAAAACAAAUGCGGCCAUUUAUAUUUGAAAUUCACGGUACAGAUGGAUUUUAGGCCAUGGUGGACCGCCGUAUUGUUUACUUUAGUCAAGUGGUCCACGGCCCCAAAUACUUUGAGAAGCAUUGGUACACGAACUUAUAUCUUAAAUAAACGUCCAUGAUUGGUAUAACAUGCGGACUUUAUUGUGGGCCAGUUAGUUCCCGGUCUAAAUACUGUGAUACGCGUACCACUAGUGGUAUAACGGGUGGUACGCGAGCACCAUGACUAAGUCAUAGACUAGUAAAUAAUAUUAUAAUAUAUAUUGUAGGGGGUAGGGUUGGGAAAUGGUACUCGGUCAAUUCGAAUUUUCGAAAGUGGUACUCGUCUGGAAAAGUUUGAAAACCGGGAAGUUUGAUAACCAAAGCAGCACAAGUGGCUGAUGCCUUUGAAAUAACACUCAUCGCUUUGAAAUGUUAAAGUCUUCCCAACCCAAGUUACCUGCAUAAUUGAAUUCUUUACUUAGUUCUGUCGCCUACUCAAAUGAAAGCCUUCUGAGCCCUGCUGCAUCGUUCUUGUGUUGUUUUGUAUUAUCACGUGUGUACAUAAGCAGCCGAAGUACAUUUCCUGCUCUGUCAGAACUAAGGAGUUAUUUCCAGUUUUCUCGCCAAUAGGGCUCAUCGCUCGGAAGAGCGUUGCCUGAGCGAAAAUGAUAAAACAAAUGGGACUCAUGUAUGAACUAAGCUCUCUUUUGUCAAAUUGAUUGAAAUUUUGGCUUUAAAAUGGCUUAGAUCUGCACUGAAUAGCUUCAAACACAAAGUCAAACAUAAUUUUACAAGAGAGUCCAUCACCUUUAUACGUCCGUCGUGGUCUUGACAUGGCAAACCACUUUCAGUUCACGUCCACUAAAUUAUGGCAUCUUUACUGUUGACCUUACACUGCACGUGCUGCACAGAUUUAGACAGCACUAGUAGACAGUUAGACACCUAACCUGUAGCAACAUGAGAUAAAGAGCUCGUCGUGUGGAUACUUUGAAAAUAACCAAAUUUUGGGGCUUAACAAGUGUCAUUACUUUUAUUAUGCUUCUUUUAGUUUUGCCAACCAACUGUAAAUGUUACAAAUGCAUCUCAACCCAUGCAUCACACCCUGGUCCUCGGCAGGAAAGGGUAAAUCACAAGCACUCUAAACAGCCUCGAAAGAAAUAGUUGCUGUCGCAAAUACAAUACAGAGGAAGGAAUACUUGUCAGGAUGGAACGACAAGCUUAGCUUUCUGUGACUUGAGGUGUGUGUGUGAGAGAGAGAGAAUGUCCGAGACUUGUUAUGUGUAUCCAUGAAUGUGUACACAAAAGAGAACAUGCAAUGGGUUCUGUUUGUUUGUUUGUUUGUUUGUUUGUUUGUUUGUUUGUUUGUUUGUUUGUUUGUUUGGUUGCUUGCUUGGUUGCUUGGUUGUGUGUUGUUGUUUGGUUGGUUGGGGGGUUUUUUGCUCUUCCUGGGAGGUCGGUAAUAUUUUUUAUAGUUUUAUGCAGCUUAUAUUUCUACAUUCACACAUGCUCUCUCUCUCUCUCUCUCUCUCACACACACACACUCGGGCCUACUCGUGUAUACAUCUCUGACAACAUCAUAAUGUCAUGACAAGGCACGCCUUCAACUUGCGGCUUUUGGUGUGAAAAGAACUCCUGCAUACUUCUUACAGUUCUAGUUCUUUCUUCCCCUUUUGCAUAGCUAGAUUUUUCAUCGUUUAUCCAUACACUAACACGCACCUACAAUCGUGCAAACACACACACACAGGCGCACCACAAAAUACGUACAUAUGUCCAUGCGUGCAGCCGUAAAUACAUUAUACAUAGAUACACACAGCAGGUAUGUGCAUUCGAGGUGCAUCUGUGCUGGCGUCUUCAGUGUAUAUGCCUACAGCAUAUUUCAUUCUUAUAUUUGUCAGUGUGUGUGUUUGCGGAAUUUUUCAUGCUUUAUGUUUAUAUUGUGACAACAGCACAUGCUUGAUGUUUAUAUUUCUGCCUACAGAAUGUCUUAUGUUUAUGUGAAUAUUAUCAAUUUGUGUCUACAGCAUGUUUCAUGUUCAUACUUCUAAAUAUGUCUGUGUUCAUGAGGCAAUUUUUCUUUCUAUCUUUUUACUUAAAGUAUUUGCCGUGUGUAGGUGUGCUUGUGAAUUUGAUGCAUGUGCGUGUGCUUGUGAAUGUGUGGCAGCUUGCAUGUAAUCAGCAUGUUUGCCUUUGCUGUACAAAGUGGUUCUAAAAAUGACAAAAUUCGUUUGUUUGUUUGUUUGUUUGUUUGUUUGUUUUGGUGUUCCUCCGUGUUACAUUCAGAUUCAUACAUCUGUGAGACUUGUAGAGACAAUUUUUCUUGCAGUUACUAUUAUUAGCUCUGUAUCACUCAAACGUUUUGUUUGUGGCCAGCAAGUUAGGAUAAUGACUAUCAGAUCUUACCUUUUCUUGUUUGGAUUUAUCGGCUUUUAAUUUCUGAGUGAUAGUUUGCCCAGCCCAUAUGACCUUAUUUACCUGACACACUGUCGACUAUGGAAGAUUUUAUCAUGACUUCCAAAAAAAAAAAAACAAACAAACAAAAAACAAA